CUUCGAGCACCCAUCUCAGCUCCGGCAACACCUGGACUAGGUGCAUUGUGUGCUGAGAUACAGCUCUGAUCCUCGUCUCCUCUCUGAUCCUUGCUUGUUUCAUGGAUAUCGCCUUGUAUCUGUAACGAUAAUUACUUGCAUGGCCGCGCGCGCUGUAUCCCAGACUUCGUCCUUUGGCUCAAACUCCAAACCAUCCCGAAGUUCUGUACCGCAAGAUGUGGUAUAUGCCUCGCCAUCAGAAAUUGGUCUACGAUUAUUGACCUUCGAUGACGGUGGAAUCCGCGGCCUAUCUAUGUUGCUCCUACUUCGCAUAAUACUGCACAGGGUUCAACGAUUGUCUUGCCUACCAGCACUCCCUCUACCAUGCGACUAUUUCGAUUUCAUCGCAGGAAGUGGCACGGGAGGUCUCAUAGCUAUACUACUCGGGCGUCUCCAGCUCUCCGUCGACCACGCUAUCGAAUGCUACUUGCGCGUUGUCAAUCACGUCUUCGUGCAAUACAAACAAGAUGGCAGUCUCAAGACUACGGCGCUGGAGAAGGUGCUGAAGGAGAUAGUUAAUCGCUUUGGCACCGGAGACGGUAUGCUGCUGUACGACUCGCAGCCAUCUCCGUGUAAAACCUUCGUCUGCGCGAGAGAACACAACGGCGAAACCAUGUCUGUUCGGAAACUACGAUCCUACACUCGCCAUAGGGAUACGGAGUCACAAUGCACGGUCGUGGAAGCCAUUCGCGCGACGAUGGCGCAUUCCAUGUUCUUCAAGCCUGUGUCGAUCCCCCGGGGCAAUACCAAUGUCUCGUUCGUGGACGCGGGAAACGACCAUUACAACCCCGUUUUCGAUCUCUUCGAGGAAGUAUCAUUGCUAUAUCCCUCUCGUCACAUCGCAUACUACCUCAGUAUCGGCUCUGGGACAGCGGCAACAGUGGGCGACAAUCCCUCUCGCUGGUUCGCCAAUCGAUCUCGCCUGCCGCCGCCCCUCCUCAACAAACUUCGACAUCUGGCAGAUCGCUGCGAGGACAUAGCCUCUGCCUUCGAGAGAGAGCAUGGGAACCUGGAGGGAAAGUAUUUUCGUCUAUCGCCCUCACUGUCUGUCUACGACGGCAAGAUUCGGUGGGAGGAGGAAGAGGCACUGGACGAGAUUGUGACACCGUACAUUGCGGCCAUCCAAAACCAGAUCCAGAUAUUGGAACUCUUGAUGAUUGAUGAGAGGGAGUCGAUAACUGCUCGUAGCUUUCGCACUUACGAAAGUCAGCUUCGGAGGUGGCCGUAAUAGGGAUAGGUUUUGGUAAUGUCGCAUCGAAUAUGCAGAGUAUCGGUCGAUGUCCUCGAAUGGAGUCUGACAGUGCAACGCC